AUGGGUUUGCUCGCAUCGAAGCGAGACUACUUGAAGUUAGAUAAGUGGCUAGAAGACAAAUUCGCCGAAUUAGGGCUAAAGAAUAGAUACAUUUUUAACGCCAUUUCUGUUUUAUGCACUGCAAGUGUCCUCAAAACAUCCCUGCAGGAUCCGCUUGUCGACAGUGUUCUCAACCAACUGCAACGACGUUUGCUGAUGCAGACGGCAGGCCAGUCGUUAUCACUAGAGACGUUUUCGAUCAUGAUGACGUUCAUUCGGAACCACUUGCCCAAGUUAUCGCCGUCAGCGAAACAGAAAUACAUGGCUCUAACCGAAAAAUUUAAAGAGAUCCAGCAACACCAGAUGAGGGAUUCAGCGCGCAGUUCGUCGGUUUCUUCAACAGGACGCUCUCCAAUUGUUGGAGGGUUUGGCAUAGACACCAGAUUUCCUGGACGACCACCUGGAGCCGGUGGACCACCGCCACAACCAAUGCCACCACCUCCGCAACCGUUUCCAGCAAAUGGUGCUGGAGCUCCACCGCCACCUCACAAUUUGCUGACAAUGCAGGCCGGGCCCCAACAACCUGUGUCAAAUCCUGUGGGACUUGGGUCGAUGUUUGGUAGUAGUGCGUUCGGUGGAAGUCAGGAUUUACUUCGGUCAUCACAUCCCGCUGCCAGUCAACAACCAUUUGGUGGUCAACAAAUGGCAAUGUCCCCUUCAUCUCAAAUGAUGAGAUCUGGCAUGCCACCGGCUCCUCAACGACAAAAUUCUGCUAGUGGAGUUGGUUGGCAAAUAGGAGGGCCAACAGGACAAAGAGGCCCACCAACACCAUCUCAGCAGAUGGAUUUCCCACCGCAACCACCUCCUACUUCUUCCCAGGUUGAUUUGCGUUCGGCUACAAUGCCUUUGGGUGCUGGUCCCGUUGUAAUUGACGACAUGACUUUUCCUAAAGAUGUUCAAGAUGAGGCUAACAUGUAUUUUGAACAGAUUUACAACCAAUCCUCAUUGGUAGGUGACCUGAUAGCGCGACUCAAAACUUUGAAGACGUCACCAAACUCGCGUGAUCAAAAGCUUGAUGUUGUCUCAGUAUUUCAGGUUUUGGCAUGUGUUGUUAAAAACCUUUUCGAGGAGUAUCGAUUUUUCCAUGAAUACCCUGAGCGCGAGUUGCGAACAACAGCUGAGAUUUACGGUGGUAUCAUCAGGGAGGGGAUAAUUAGUUUUCUUUGCUUGGUGAUUCAGGAAGGUUGCAGCAAUUUGCAUUUCGCGACGGCAGUACGAAAAGUGAUUGAAUCCCUUCAAUCUGAAGUUGGAAGUACGUUGUGGACUUUUGGUAUCGUUGCUCUAACAGCGUGUCGUUCAAAAUUGUGCUCUUAUCCAAAGUUAUCAGGAUCUAUUCAGGUUUGUUCCAUGAUCGCAACCCACGACAACUUUUCGAAAUUCCCACAAGGACUCAAAGAAUAUGUCCUUGCUGGUUUAAAGGGUGAAUUACCGGUGCAAAAUAUGGCACCUCCACCACUGGAUUGUAGUGGUCCUUCGACACCGCCUAUCAGUUGGUCACCAGCUCAACGUUCAUCAAGUUCUGAAAGUGCAAAGGAAUCCCCAAGAAAGAUUACUGAUCUUCGUUUUCUCACAUUUAUUCUGUACGCAUUCUUAUUACGCACAUAUGAGUUGAAUACGAGCAUACGUGAAUAUGUGACAAAAAAACUAGCCAUAAGCGACCACUACACUAAGACAAAAUCUGUUUUGGAGCUAAAUGGAAAUUCUGUGUUGUCGUACACGAAUGUGGAUACACUAGUGUCGGCGACGGAAAGGGAAGGCGCCGAAGUGGCUCAGCCGGAUGUCGCUGUAGUCGAUAAGGUGCUGUUUUUAUUCAACAAUCUGUCGCAAAGCAAUAUGGUAGCGAAGAAGGACGAGAUACUGGCAUUUAUCGAUGAACAUGGUGAGCCUUUUAUCCGAUGGUUUGCGCAGUAUGUUGUUAUGAAACGAGUAUCUAUCGAGCAAAACUUUCUUCCGCUUUACAACCAAUUCAUACAAGCGAUAAAUCAUCCGCUUUUGGACGUUCAUAUCAAACGGGAGACAUUCAGAAAUAUCAGAAUUCUUCUUCGUUCUGAUAAACGACAAGCUGCUUCCAACUACAGCGACCGGCAACUACUUAAAAAUCUAGGAAUGUGGUUGGGGUCUAUAACAAUUGCACGUAACAAGCCUAUUUUGAUUCAUGAAUUAGACCUGAAAGCGUUGCUCAUGGAAGCGUACUAUAAAGGCCAACAAGAGCUCUUAUUUGUUGUACCCUUCAUUGCAAAGAUAUUGUUCUCUUGUGGGAAAACACAGUUGUUUGGCGCAACUUGCGCGUGGAUACGGUCCAUAUUAAAGGUUUUAGCCGAACUACACAAUGAACCGGAUUUGAAGAUCAAUCUAAAAUUUGAGAUCGAAGUGCUGUGCAAGGAACUUUCAGUGGAUUUGGAAUCUUUACCUGUUGAAGGUUUACUGAAGGAUACCGAUCGCCUUGUAAGGGUCACACAGCAACUUUCCGACUUGAAAACGCUUUCACAACCUGAUCAAGCGAAUAGCAGCCCAGUACCCGGCCAAACGCGGCAUGUACCGGAUUCAAUCUCUCUUCCUGGAGUAGACACGAAAGUUCGGAAUAUUACAUCAAGUCACGAAUUUACAAGGAAGCCGUUUUUUUUUUCACCACAAUUUUUUCAGCCGUCUACGCCGAAUCCAGAGUCUGAAUCAACGUCAUCGUUGUUAGAUGGUGCUGCCAGUGCAGUAAUUAUGCCACCGCUUCAUUUUGCUUAUCAUGAUAUCAAUGUGACGUCGUACGAGGGGCUAGUACCUCAUAUAAAGUUCCAACUCUCGCUUCCAUUAUUCCAGCUUCAUCCACAAAUCAAACAUCAUGUACGUCCGGCACUCACACAAGCAAUUAAGGAGCUCAUAGGACCUGUAGCUGAAAGGGCGCUGAAGAUUGCAAUGAUUGUCACGGAGACAUUAGUUCGAAAAGACUUCGCACUUGAUCCAGAUGAGAACAACAUGAAGAAGUCCGCGUUCCACAUGAUGCGAGCCAUGACUGCAGCCAUGGCAAUGAUAACUUGUCGUGAUCCGCUGGCGGCCACAAUGAUCUCACUAUUGCAACAGUCAUUCUCGAACUCACUUCGUACAUCUAACACUGAACUGGUUAGGAGCGUUCCAAAAAAUGUAGUAGAUAAAAAGUUAAACAUUGCAUUUUCAUUCAUUUUAAUGGAUUUGUAUGGCAGUGCUCUUUUUAUGCUUCAGUCAAAGAUGAUCGACGAGGCAGCUCGCGCAAUCACUCAAGAUAAUAUCGAACUGACGACGAAUUUUAUUGUGAAGACGGCAGUGGUGAUAAUUCUGAUGCUGCAGGCUGCUGCAGAGCUGGAAAAACGGCUAGAUACAGAGUCAGCGCGACGAGUGGCCGUUCGUCGUGAAGGGUCCGAAUGGCACGAUGUAACCAUGAAAAAGAUCCAGGCUGAACUUCCUCCACGAAUCGCUAUCCAAGUUGGAGCUACAAAAAAGGAAAAUCUAGCGAUUUAUGAGCAGUUCAGCAGUCGCAUCUGUGGUUUUAAACCUACGAUUAGCGAUGAAACAACGGCAUCCAUGAUGGAAACUGUAAAUCGAGCUAUGGCGAUGCCUGAUAGCGUUAAAGAAGUGGAGCAACUAACACAACAGCUUAACAGCAUCAUCAAGGAGGUUGAUAUUACAAUGCAAGCACAACCAAAUCCUUCAAAUAAAGCAUAUCAAGGAGUUGGUGCAAUUCGUGAUUUGCUGUCGCAGCUGGCUUCUAAUCCACGUGACUCUAUUACUGUUGUUAAUCUCAUCACUCGUUCCGUCGAACAUCUUCUUCAUGCCUAUCAUGUCGACAGCACAUCUAAAGGUGGCAUAGUUGCAAAAUUCUUGCCUUUAGCACUUGACGUUGAAUGGGCACGACGUCUUCGUGAUCUGUUUCUCGGCGUGUGUCGUGUUCUGCUGACUCAGUUUACCAUAGUCGAUUUAUCGAGGCGUGUAACUGGAACCAUUGUCAACGUGAGAAUGGAUUAUAAAUGGAAUGUAGAAGCAAUUGAGGUACUACUGAAGCACCAGUUGGUACAAGCACAAGUAUUCGAUCAACACUUAGCUCAUGUCAUGGAUGGUGGUUCCAAUGUAGAGGCGACGGUGUUUGCACAGCGGUUUUUCCGUGCAAUUGGCUCAAAUGAUGCCACCCGUAUUCUUGCAAUUAAGGAAGCUUUUCCGGCUACCUACGAGCAACUGCUCAAAAUGCAGCAGGUGCAGGCGAUGUUACGACAGCAAGCUGUGGCUGCAGGUGCAGGUGAACCGAGCCUUGAAUCAUCACUUGGACCGUCCGCAAUCGAUCCGUUAACCGUUGGUUCGGGUGGUGGAGGUGUGCCACCAGCAUUGCCCGCGGCUGUAGAGGAACCUGGAAUGUCUGAUAAAGUGGAGAUCAUUCUUCGGGAAUGGAUCGGUUUGUGUUAUACACCAAUGGCACAAAGAAAUCCGAAGGAGGCGUUGUUUCAGAUGAUUGUCAUGAUGCACGAGCAUGGUGUAUUGUCCGGUGAUGAGAAAAUCUCUCAGUUCAUUCGUAUGUGUACAGAGAUGUGCGUUGAUGUUUCAUUGCGGCUUCUGAAAACGGAUGCGACGUCACCUGUCAAUCAGUCGAAUAUCGUACGGCAACGUUGCUACUAUACGCUUGACGCGUUCGUCAAAUUAAUGGCACUGAUGGUGAAAUAUUCUGAUGGUGGAAACACAGCACCAUCGGGCGCGUCGAAGAUUGCCCUUUUGAAGAAGAUCUUGCAUACAAUCACAAGUGUGCUGCAUUUGGACCAUGAAGUGCGACGAGCGGAAUUUAACGCGAUGCCCUAUCAUAGAAUCCUCAUUACACUUUUCAUAGAGCUCACAACGUCGGAUGGAUCAAAUCUGGAACCAAUUGCAUGGUCUAUCAUUGAAGCUUUUGGGCAGAAUGCUCUAUUUCUUCUUCAACCUCGCCGAUGUCCUAGUUUUGCAUAUGCUUGGUUGGAUUUCGUUGGACACCGUGCAGUGAUAGGAGCAUUGUUGGGAGGUAAUGGUUUUGCUGAGAAUGUUGAUCCAAUGAAAACAUCAGCGAUGUACACACAGUUGCUGAUUUGCCAUUUGAAGUUCCUAGCACCAUUCUUGCGUAAUAUCCAGUUGCCGAAGUCCAUUGCUGUGUUGUACAAAGGAACACUUAGGGUAUUACUGGUUAUUUUGCACGAUUUUCCCGAGUUAUUGUGUGAAUAUCACUACGUGAUAAUCGACACAAUCCCUCCAAAUUGUGUGCAGCUUCGCAAUCUUGUGCUAUCGGCAUAUCCGCGAAAUAUGCGCCUUCCGGAUCCAUUUGCGUUAAAUUUCAAGCAGGUUGAUAGCAUUCCCGAAAUGGCAGUCGAACCAAAAUCGAACUUGAACAUGGCGUCUAUCAUCCCGGAUUCCAUUAGGCUUCCUUUAGAUGCAUAUUUGAGGACGCGAUCAGCUGUUGAUUUCCUUUCAACGUUACCUGGGAUGCUGCAGAUAUCUGAGACUCCAGGAUCUAAGUACAACAGCACAGUGAUGAACGCCAUGGUAUUGUACGUUGGAAUGAAAGCAAUAGAAAGCCUACAUGAACGGAGACAACGUAUUUCAAUCCACACAAUAGCGCACACGGCAUUUAUGGACAUCUUCCAAAAUCUCGCCGUUCAGCUGUGUACCGAAGGGCGCUACUUACUGUUCAAUGCUAUCGCAAAUCAGCUUCGUUAUCCAAAUGCGCACACACAUUAUUUUAGUUGUGAACAAAUUACUCGUAUUCUUUUCGAACGUCUGGUGGCUUUACGUCCUCAUCCAUGGGGUCUGCUUAUCACUUUCAUCGAGCUAAUCAAAAAUCCUGUGUAUAAUUUCUGGAAGUACGAAUUCACCCGAUGUGCUCCAGAAAUUGAGCGAUUGUUUCAAAACGUUGCGAAUACGUGUGUCACAGCACGACCACCUGAGUCCGAAGUGAGUAAAGCUUGA